CUGCUAGUCAUCCUUUUUUGUAUCGGCAAGAAAUUGAUCAAGACGAAUUGAAAAGUUAUACAUUUGAAUAAAGCCAAUUUCGGAAAAAAUGUCUGGUGAAAAUGAUUUGAACUCAUCUCUGCUUCAAAGUGCCGUUCGCAAGAGAGAGUACAAACAUUUACUAGAAUUAGGGGGUCAAGCUGCUGAAAAUUUGGAUAAUAAAUCGAUUGCGGACAAUUUGACAACAUUGAAAGAUUUGUUGACCAGAUCGAAUGAAUUGGCUGGACAAGGAUCACUUUCCGAUCGAAUUGGACAAUCCGCUGAGGUUGUGUUGGAUGCACAGGUUUGUAAGCUGGCCAGCGAUCUUAUGGGGACAACUGUACAUAAAAUAGAAAAUGAUGAAUUUUCUGACGAUAACUUCGCAGCUGCGUUGAUUGAAAGUGUUCUGGAUGAACACAACAUUUGCGACUGGUCCAAGUUGGAUGGAAUCACCGCUGGAUUUGCUAAAUCAUUUUCUGCAACGUCUUCAACGUUCGGGAUUUUUGAUUUUGAUGACGUUGCCGGGGCGUCGCAGGCAGCGCAGAAAGAACGUUUUGUACGUCGUAAAGCAGCUAAUCCGACUGCCGAAAAACGACCAACUACUGUGACUGAAGCUGGUGUCAACACAGAAACGGGCAGUUCGAAAGUUGAAAUCGUUUUCAAUACAAUCAAAGAAAUAUACCGAAAGAAUGGCUCAAAACCAAUUCCAUACUUCCAACUGGUCAUCGAUCCUACCAACAUGAUGUACACUUUUGAUAACACAUUUCAAGUGUCCUUUUUGUUUCGUGAUGGCUGCAUUGCAUUUGUGAAGGACCAUGAAGGUGGGCCGGCCAUCAAACCGCUUGAAGAUACAUUAAAACCACCAAAACCAUCCGAAAUGACGUCUUUCACUUCGACAUUAAGCCUUGGCCUCAUACAGAAAUACAUAAAAAAGUAUAACAUUCGUGAAGCGAUGUUAAAAAUCAAUCGCGAUUGACUGACUCCAUGUCAAAAAGUCAUUGGUUACUUUAUAUCAAUGUUGAAUAUAAUACACCUAAGAAUUAUCAUUUUUUCUACAUUUGAUCCGAAAAAUUCAAAAAUAAGAAUAAAACCUUAUAAUUAAUUGAA